AUUCAUCGCGUUUUGUCACAUCGCCUCAGACCUGCGUUUCUUUCUCGACAGCAAGUUGCAGAUUUAAUAGGAGCAGAUCCGAGAGAAAUCAUUUUCACCAGCGGGGCUACGGAAUCCAACAAUAUGGCCAUCAAGGGUGUUGCGAGGUUCUAUAAGUCCAGGAAGAAGCACAUCAUUACCACGCAGACAGAGCACAAGUGUGUGUUGGAUUCCUGCCGCUCCUUGGAGGCUGAAGGCUUUCAGAUCACUUACCUGCCUGUCCAAAAAAAUGGGCUGAUCGAUUUGAAGGAGCUGGAGGCUGCCUUCCAGCCAGACACAAGCUUGGUUUCUGUGAUGGCUGUGAAUAACGAAAUAGGAGUGAAGCAGCCAAUUCGUGACAUUGGUGAGAUCUGCCGUGCACGUCAGGUUUUCUUCCAUACGGAUGCUGCACAAGCAGUUGGUAAAAUUCCUUUGGAUGUCAAUGACUUGAAAAUUGAUCUAAUGAGCAUCAGUGGCCAUAAAAUUUAUGGGCCCAAAGGGGUCGGUGCCAUCUAUGUUCGCCGGCGACCGCGCGUGCGGCUGGAACCCCUGCAGAGCGGGGGAGGCCAGGAGAGAGGCCUGCGAUCGGGGACUGUGCCCACACCGCUGGCCGUGGGCCUGGGGGCGGCGUGUGAGGUGGCACAGGAGGAGAUGGAGGUAGGUGGGAGCGGGGCCAGCCCGGCUGCCAGGAGAUAUUGGCCUUUCUUCCCUUUCCCUAGUGCUUGCACAUCAGCUUCUCUGGAGCCUUCAUAUGUUUUGCGGGCAAUCGGAGCAGACGAAGACUUGGCUCACUCCUCUAUAAGAUUUGGCAUUGGUCGCUUCACUACAGAAGAAGAAAUAGAUUAUACAGUGCAGAAAUGCAUACAGCAUGUUAAGAGGCUGAGGGAAAUGAGUCCUCUUUGGGAAAUGGUACAGGAUGGAAUUGACCUCAAAAGCAUUAAAUGGAGUCAGCACUGAGAAAACAAGCUCUAUCCAUGCAUGGACUAGAUAGAAGUGGAUUACGAUGCAUUUUCUGUACAUUCCUGAGCAAAACCGUGCAGCACAUUUCAGCUUGUUAUCAUCUGCAAUUUGAAUGGAAAGCUACCUUUUCUGAUAACAGUCUAAAAAGCCAAAAAUUAAACUAGUCUGUAUGCUGGAGAAAGGAUGACAGAACAGCCAUCACAUUUAUAUUUACAUUCAGCAAUUUAGGGCUGAGAUGUAUUCUAUCUGAGAAUGUAUUUUGCAAUGUAAAAAUGAAUCUUGGUAAGAGGUUGCUCCUCCUCAGCAUAAAACAUCCUGUAUAGCUGUUCUGUUUGCAGCACAGACCUGUUGCAGGGCUGCUGGUUCUUCUAGAGGCAAGCAGCCUUGCAACUGCAGAUGUUUUUGUACUGCUUAAAUGUGUCGUGAGAAUUUUUUAUGUAGGAAGAAGUUUGGCAUUUCUAGAGGAAAAGGAUGCUUCACUAUGGCUAUGUGCCUUCACAGUUAUGUUGUAUGUGGAGUUAUGAACUCUUUUUUCCCCUAAAACUUAAUAGUUUUUGCUCUUUUUUUUUUUUGUGUGUGUGUGUGUGUACUGCUUGUACAGACCAGUGUGCAUUAAUACAAAACAUUGUACAGUGUUAUGAAUUUAGGAUACCACUAUAAUGCACUUUGCUGUCCCCUCAGUUUGUUUUUUUCCUACACAGUAAAGAAAAAAAAAAUUGACUGACUGGGAAAGGAGGACACAGAAUAUGCCAACUUCAGUUGCAGUACCAGUUUAGUUGGUACACCAUUGGUGGAAGAGGGGAAGCAUGUAAUGCACAAUGUUUUCUGGUUUUGUUCUAGUUUUGCUUUUUUCCCUUGUAGUGAGUCCUUUGCCAUUACUGUAGCCUUUGCCUUUGCUUCUGGGAGUCUGGCAAGUGGGAGAACCUGGAUGUUUUGUCAGUAAGUAGGAACACGUGGCUCUGGAGUUUUUUCUUAGUGUGCCAGAGCUAACUUGUCUUGUUAGAGACUUCCAUGGGAAUCCAUUCCCUGCAAAUGCUGGGGAAAAGUGUCUAUGAAAAUGGAUUUGAUUCGAUGAAUUCAUAUCAGUAUUUCUCCUUUCGUACCUCUGGUGAUCUUUCAAGUAGGAAAACUUAACCCUGUGUUAUGAAGUGCCUUUUAUCAGUUGCAUAAGCAGACAGCUCUCACAUUAGUUUCUUGGUGGAUGGAUGCUGAAUUUAAUAUACAUCAUAGAUGGUGUGUCACCAGUUCUGAGUAGUAUCUACCUCGAGGAUGAAGCAUUGUAUGGAAAAGCUGAAGCUAAUUCUCACAGAGUGGAUUGAAUUAUAGAAUUGUUCGUUUUUCUGUUAAGAAGGACAGAUUUGGUUGUAAUGCAAAGCUAAUCCUGAGUUGUUCUAUUUGAAAUUACUAGCUUUAGCACUUUUAAUAUCGUACGACUGACUGGCACCUUGUGUUUCAUCACCAUGUUUUCAAAACUCUCAUAUGCAUAACUAGGUUUUAAAGGCAUUGUUUAUAUUAUAUUUUAUCUUUGGGUCAUGUGUGGUUUCUGGGUUAAGCUUGUGAUAAGAAUUCCCCAGCAUGUUUUAGAACUAUAUGUUUAUGAAUGUGUUCUUUGUGCUUCAUGGAUUAUAAAAAUACAGAUAAGACUUCAA